UGAAACUGAAACAAACCUCACUUCAUCAUAAAACCUGGUCCUGAAUAAAUAAGGUGCUCAAAUCUGCUGUGCUGUAUUUUUCUCCUGAGCCAGAGACAACAUCAAUAGGCAGUCAUGACUUCCUUCAGUUGCCAUGUAUGUCUGUUGGUGCUCAAUGACCCAAUCACCACUUCAUGUGGACACAACUUUUGUAACACCUGUAUCGAGGCAUGCUGGGAGAGUGGACAGCUCUAUCUAUGCCCUCUCUGUAAGGAAGAAGAAAAUGCAAAGAAAAUGCAAAACCAAACAAAAACUUUUCAUCACAUUUUAUGUAAUGUCUGCUCUGAAAAAAAGGAAAGGGCAGUAAAAUCUUGUUUGCAGUGUGUAACAUCUUUCUGUGAGACUCACCUCGACCAUCACAAAACUGCACCGAAGCUCAUAAAGCACAAACUGAUUGGCCCCGUGGACAACCUAGAAGAUUAUAUCUGCGGGAAACAUGAUAAACCACUGGAAAUGUUCUGCAGAGAUGAUCAGACCUCUCUGUGUCUGUUUUGCACUGAAACAGAUCAUAAGGUUCAUAACGCGGUUCCUAUUGAGGAAGAGAGUGGUCACAAGAGGCUUCAACUAGAAAAAACACAUGAAGAAAUAAAGGUUAUGAUCCAGGACAGAUGUAAGAAGAUCGAGGAGAUUAAAAACUUAGCAAAGUCCAACAAGAGCACCAGUGAGAGAAAUAAAGCAAAUAAAGUUCAGCUGUUCACUGAUCUGAUCCGCUCCAUUGAGAGAUGUCAGUCUGAGCUGCUGGAGGUGAUAGAGCAGAAGCAGAAAGCAGCAGAGAAUCAGGCUGAAGAGCUAAUUAAAGAGCUGGAGCAGGAAAUUACUGAGCUUGAAAGGAGAGACAGCGAGCUGGAGAAGCUCUCACAAACUGAGGAUCACCUGCACCUCCUACAGGUCUACUCAUCUGUGUGCAGCCCCCCAGAAGUCAAGACCUGGACAAACAUCAACAUUAACACUGAUCUACCCAACACAGAAACUCUGGAGAAAGCUCUUACUCGCUUCAAGGAAAAAGUCAACAAUGAACUGGAAAAAAUCCAUGAGAUCACUCAGCCUUCUGUUGUUCAAGGACUGAACUUCAUUCCACCAACAUCACAACCUUUAGCCAAUAGCAUAUUCAUAUAUGGCAGCACUAGCACAGAUUCUGCUUCCUCCCUUCCUUCACUGGUACCUAAACAUUCUUCAGAUAUGGAGAAAAUGGAUGCAUCUAGUACUUUGAGAACACAGCAGGGCACAAGCAAUGAUCAGACAGAGGGCAAAAUCUACUUUACCCUGGGUAAAACAGACUGCGGCACUCGCUCAAAGAAGAAAGCAGAGAAUAUUACUAAGCAACUGAAGGUCUCAUGGUUCGGUCUGGGGCUAAGUAAAAUACAGCAAUGUUACACAGUGUAUGUAAUUUUGGAUCCUAACACAGCUCAUCCUAAGCUCAGGUUGUCUAAAGACAGGAAACAAGUGAGUCACUGUGGACUCUGGAGUGAUGUUCCCAAUAACCCUGAGAGAUUUGACUCCUCUCUUUGCGUCCUGGGAAUGGAUGGCUUUUCCUGUGGGAGAUUUUACUUUGAGGUCCAAGUUGGUGAUAAGACUGAUUGGGAUUUGGGUAUGGCUCAAAAGUCCAUCAAAAGAAAGAGGAGAAUAACAGUGUGCCCAGAGAAAGGAUUUUGGUGUAUUUGGCUAAGAAAUGGGAGUGAAUAUGUGGCUAAUGAAUCUCGUCCUGUUCCUCUUUCUCUAAAAGACAAGCCCCAGAAAGUGGGGGUGUUUGUGGAUUAUGAGGAGGGGCUGGUCUCCUUCUACAAUGUGGAGACCAAGGCUCUUAUCUACUCCUUCACUGGUCAGUCUUUCUCUGAGAAAAUAUAUCCUUUUUUCAGCCCUUGCAACAGAAGAGGGGGUAUUAACUCAAAGCCUCUGAUUAUCCAUACUGUUAGUUAGCCUAAUUACAAUCGAGUCUAUGGUCUUUUAAAUAAAUAAUUAAUGCAAUAGCAUAUAUUGCUUAGUGGACAUAUACAC